GCGCAUGCGCACAAAGCGCCAAGCCUUUAGGCGGCGGCUGGAGCCUUAAGUCUAGCGCGCUCUUGGUUCCAAAUGGCGGCGCGUGACACGGAAACGGCCCAGAAACAAAUUGAUGAAAUAGAAGCGCUCUCCUCCAUAUAUGGUGAUGAUUGGUGUGUUGUUGAUGAAGAUGAAAGGAUAUUUUGCAUUAAGAUCAGCGAUUGCUUGGAGCAACCAAAAUGGACUCUUUGUUUGCAGGUGAUUCUGCCUCCUGAAUACCCAACCUCAGCCCCACCAAUUUAUCAACUGAACGCUCCUUGGCUUCGAAGACAAGAUUAUAUGGAGCUGGGAAACAGCCUGGAAGAAAUAUAUGUACAGAACCUUGGUGAAAGUAUCCUUUACUUAUGGGUGGAGAAGAUAAGAGAAGUUCUGGUAGAAAAGUCUCAAUCCUCUGAUCCAGGACCAGUUAUUAAGAAAAUUACUGAAGAGAUUGAAGAGGAUUACGAUGAUGAUUUUUCUGUGGACUAUCAACUGAUCCAAGAUGAUACAGUUAAAACUUUAAAUUUUAUUAUACCUGAAGGCCAAGAAGGUGAAGAACUACCACAAAUUCAUCAUGGAAACCCUAUCACAGAUAGAAGGAGUACUUUCCAGGCACACUUGGCUCCAGUAGUGAGCCCCAAGCAGGUGAAAACAGUUCUGGACAAAUUGUAUGAGAAUAAGAAAAUAGAGAAUGCUACACACAACAUAUAUGCCUAUCGAAUAUACUGUGAAGAUAAGCAGACAUACUUACAGGAUUGUGAGGAUGACGGGGAGACUGCUGCAGGCGGACGCCUCCUCCAUCUUAUGCAGAUUUUGCAUGUCCGUAAUGUUUUGGUUGUGGUAUCCCGGUGGUAUGGAGGAAUCCUGUUAGGACCAGAUCGUUUUAAACACAUCAACAGUUGUGCCAGAAAUAUACUAGUGGAAUACAACUAUACAAAUUCAGCUGAAGAAUCAUCUAAACAAUUGGGUAAGAACAGAAGAAUAAGGAAGGACAACAAGAAGAAAUCUGAACAUUAAUAAAUUUUAAAAGAACCUGUUGACAGCAUUCAGUUUGCACAUAUUAUAUAAAGUCCUACAUUAAAAACACUAUUGCAGAAAAAUAUCUUCAGACACAAAUAUAUGCCUUAUCUAAGAAAAACAGACAUUUCAGAUUCCGCCGAAAAUUUAGAAUGGCCUUAGCAGCAUUUUUACUUUCUUCUGUGGUUACCUCAGUUGUUUUGGAGUGGGGAAUGUGAACAAAUGAUUUUGCCAUACAUUCAUACACUACAAUGAAUUCCAGAGCUUAACAAAACCACUAUUUUAGCUUUCACCUUUUAAAUGACUCAGAAUAUGGAUUAACUGUCCUCUGUACCAUCACUAAUCAAAUACCUCUUUUGUACUGGAAUCUUAGGGCACUUUUACACGUGUUCCGACAUGUUUCAAUUAGAAUGCGUCAGAGCACAGUUGAUUAAUUGAGUAUGCUGGAGCGCUCUGAUCAAAAUACUCCAGCGUGCUGUAGCAUCUCUUGUAUUCAGCACCCCUGGGUUUCAGAAUGGCAGUGGGGGCACUUUAACUAAAGCUUGUUGAAUGAUGUAAUUAGAACAGCUGUAAUUAGAACAGCUCCCAAGAGCCACUCUGCUCUAAUUAAAACACCACCCGCACCUUGUGCAUGUGUAUAGGUGCCCUUAAUUGCCCUAAUUUUCCUCAGUUGAGUUCUUCAUUGGAAUGAUGGUACUGUAACUUUUGUAAAGGAUAUUAUGUUUUAGGAUAUUGUCUAUUAAAACUUUCUAUGUUUGAGAAGAAAGCAAGUAGCAUACUGCUACAUGGACUUUCUUGCAUCUACUUUGUCCUUGAGCAUAGCAUUGGAGUUUGCUUGAUGACACAAAAGAACCAUUGGAAGAAGUGUCAACUUACAUGAAUGUAAAGGAAUCGCUUUAUUAAUUUAUUGAGGAUUUGCUGAAAGUGUCAGAUUGUGGAAACUGGCUGAAUUUAUCAGUGGUGAACUCUGAAACUGAAAGAGCCAAUGAUUUUAAGUCAGGAAACAAAUUUUGAAACAUAUUUUAAAUUUAAUUAUGAACAUAUUAAAUAUAUGAAAUAUCACUCUUA